CUCGACCCGACUGCUUGCCGACAAUGAGCUCUUACCUCCCCCCUGUGCCCGCUACCGGCGGCGUCCUGCCCUACUGGCUGCUCAUCACGUCGGUCGCGUCGGCGUACAACGUGGUCCAGAACUACUUUACCCUCAAGCAGAGCAAGGAGGUGUACGGCGGCAAGCCGGAGCUGAUGAACCCCCUUGCUGGACGCCUCUUCUCCGCAUGGACCGCCAUGGCCGCCGCGGUGCGCUUCCUCGCCGCAUACGACAUCAGCAACAAGGGCCUGUACGACCUCGCCAUUGUCGCGUUCGGCGUCGCCACGUUUCACUUCACCACCGAGCUCCUCGUCUUUGGCACGGUCAAGAUCAACCGCGCCAGCAUCGGCCCGCUCGUCAUUGGCUCCAGCGGAGUCGCAUGGAUGCUCACUCAGCGCUCGUACUACCUCGGCCUGUAAACCCGAUGCACAUCAUUGCUUGAACA